AUGAAGUAACAACAAGGUGUUUCUUAUUCAAUUAAUUACGUGUUUACAUGUGGGAAACGCAGGGUGCGUAUUUGUAGAAAUAUCUAUGAUUAGACUAACAACACAGAUAAUUUAGUUGAGGUGGGAUCAAAUAAAUUGAUAGGAGGAUUUAGAUAAGAUCAAUCAGGAAAAUAAUGUCUCCACCAAUAGCAAUUGGGAGUAGGUGAGGGGUAGAAGAAAGAUUCUAAUGGUUUUGGAGGCAAAGGAAUUAAAGGAUUUUAGUGGGUGAUCAGCUCAUAAAAAUAACUUCUUUCGGUAGGAUCUCCAACUCAGAAAGAUGGAGAAGAAAGUUAGGGUAACCAUAAAAAUUUAUUGGAGGAAAGAAAAAGAGGUGGUUGUAUGAAUUAUUUUAGUUAAGGUUAAAAUUUGAAAAAAUGUUAAUGUUUUGAAUGUAUUUCUUUUAUGAAUUAAUCCAACAAAUGUAAUUUAUCUUCUUCUACUACUUCUUCAUCUUUAUAAGAAGGUAAGGAGGAGAAUUCAUAUAAUAUUUCAACUACAUAAAAUUCUGUUGAGAAUCUCAGAUUAAUUACAGAUUUCUAUCUUCAUAAGGUAUCUGAGAUUCAAGGUGUUUUAGAAACUCACCUUUUGUUAAGGGUAGAGGAUACUUUCAUUGAUCUUGAUGAUUGCAAUACAACCCUUUGCUCUGCUCCUCAAGCUAACAAAAACUACGUCUACAACCGCAGAAUUCUAAAUGGAUUCCUCUAUAAAAAAAGCGGAUUGUACGUAUAAUUCACCCCAUCCAAUUCUACUGAAAAUCCCAAAACUGAGGAAAAGACAGAUAACAAUUACACUGCUUACUAUCCUAAUUCAACAGACAUUACUUUAAAAAACGAAAAUUUCACUUUUAAAUUUAUGAUCACUUAAACUGACCAAGGAUUUUCUGUGUAUGGAAAUCUUGAAUCUCCUUUAUCAAUAGUAUAAAUUUAAUAAUAACAAGCUUAUCAUGUAAGCGUAUUGCCAUAGGAAUAAUAAAUCAAGAGCGACUUUGUAUAAAACGAAUAAAAAGAAAUAUCUAAAUCUUUGAUUGCCAACUAAUAAUCUGAGGCAACUUCAUAAUGUGAUUCUCAAAAAAGCUCAGUAGAUGAAUCUGCAGAUGACGAAGAAGAUGAUAUAUUAAGCUCUUCUUUAACUAUUUAAAUAAAUAAUAACAGACAUGAUUACAACAGUGAUAACGAGCUCUCAUCUGCUAAAAAAGUAAAAAACAGUAAUUAAAGUUCUAGUGCUAAGAAGGGCUCAUUGAAGAAGACCCCAAAGUUAAGCAGUAUAAAUACUAACGAGUCAGAAAAGAAAACUUGCAAGAAGAGCAAGAGACUUUAAGUAUCAUAAUAAUAUGAAAACGAACAAUAAGAUGAUGAAAAUGAAGAAAAAAGAUUCUUAUCUACCUCCAAAAAAUCCUCAACAAAAUCUAAUAAAUCACAAGCCUCUACCAGUUGUGAUGACGAAGAUUAUGUUAAAAAAGCCUCUACACCAUAAAAAAUAUCUAAUAAACGUUGUUAUAUAAGUGAUGAAGUUGACGAAGAAGAAGAUGAAGACAAUUACGAAUAAAAUAGCUGGUAAUCUCAUUCUAAAGCUUCUACAUAACAACAUAGUCUAUCUUAGCACAAGAAUUAUCAUAAUUAACUCCAUAAUGAAGAAUACAAUAGCUCUCUUAAUCCAAAUGCUCCAGUCUAACCAAAGAAAAAUGUUGUAAAGAACUUUGUUAAAGCUUUCAGAAACUUUGUUAACAACUGGGGUGACGAAACAAGAAUCAUGCAAGCCUUGGGAGUAACUACACGCGAAGAGCUAUAAAAUUUCAGACUUGAGUACAAGAAAUUUGAGUCUAUGCACAAAUUUAACAACACUUUCAUUAAAGCCUUAAUUUUAAACCAACCUUUCAAGCCUGUAUUCAACUACUUCGUUAAUGAGGAAGCUUGGGAAUGGUUAGAUAAAAGUCAAGUCAACAAUAAAAAGGCUCAUAAAGAUGUCCUUCGUGAUUACAUUAAAGCAACUUAAGACCCUUCUAGAAUAGAUGAAAUCCAUUCAUUGAGAACACGUAAUCGUUAAAGCUCUAAAAAAGUAAAAUGCUAAUGA